CUUCCUUGACGGUAAACACACGGCUUCUCCACUCAAAGCUGUUCUCCCUUUUCCCAGCAAAGUAUCAGUUCUUAGACUUUGGGACGGGACCUCAAGGACUAACAUCAGGACUAACAUCAGGACUCAAGGAUAAGGAGAAUUCAAUCAGGAAUAUCUUUGGAAACGUCGAGAAGCAGAAGAGGAAUUACCCAUCGUGGGAUCUGAGUAAAUGUGGAGUGCCUCAGUUUGACUUUUGGUCUGCAUGGGGAGCAAUUUCCAUGUCAGUGUCUAUAGGAGAGCGGCGCCGUCCAGCUGGGUACAGCAGUAACAUCUGAGAGAGCUGGAGGAGGAUGCCUUCCCUGCAUCAUGGAGCAAUCUUCAUCGGAUCCUUCCUCAUCGCCACCGGGGGCUCCACAGCCUUCAUGGUCUCCCAGCAGAACCGGCUGCAGGCUUUCUCCCUCUGCUGUGUGGUUCUGGGGGUGCUCAUGCUCAUCAUCGGCUUAUUUUGGGCCAUGAGCAACAAAAACGCAGCAAACUACAACCCUCAGGAAUUUGAUCCAGAGUGUCCUCGUUACCCAUACAACGACUACACUAACCACCCGGGCCAGGCCCUCUUCCUCCCCCCAGGAAACCGUUUUCCAGAGUCCCAGUCUGCGUUCCUGCCCAGGACGACGGAGCAUCACAGGAGAGGUGGAGAGGAUUUUGACUAUCCUCCCAUGGACUCCGCUGGCUUUAGUCCCACGCCCCACCCUGCUCUGUGGCUGGGACCUCCACCUCCCUAUGAAGUGGCCAUUAAGACCACAUGCAGCUCCACACACCUGCGGCGUGCGUACUCAGACACACACCUGGCCACAGAACCCUUGUUUGGACAGUCCAGAGAGAUCAGCUUUGAGGUGUGACUCAGAACAAAGAGAAAGCAAUCGGUUUUAUUCUUUACACUGGGCAUGUUCAGGUCUACUUUCUUGCAUGUUUUCCUGCACAUUUCUGAAAGUGUCAGUGCAGGUGUUUAUCGGUCUGACAGACAGGGAAAAUGAUGUCUGAAAGAAAGAUGAUUUCAGCAGACAGGAAGCUAAGAAACAAUCAGGAAUGGGACGCAAACACACUGCUGGUCUGAAACAGCUGCAUUCUGGGGAAGAUGAUUGCUCGGUAGGUUGCAUUGAAAAUAUAAAGUCGACCAAAUGUUGUCUUUGGGUUCUUUGAGAUAGUCACAUUACAUCCUCAUAGCACAGAACCAGUUUGCACAUUUCUGCUUCACCAAAUCUUGACGGAAUUUGGAGCAUGCUCAGUGAAAUCCUAGAGCUGCGUUUAAAGGCUACACCUUUGUGCACAUACAAGCUUCAGUAUCAGAGGCAGUAAUCCAGUAAUGUCACUACAAAAUGUUCCUGAGAGGACAGAAGCAAACGUCUUGAUUAAACAAAUGAGACCAAAUGAGUGCAAAAACAUCACCAAGUCAGACAAAAAUAAAAGGAAGAGCAGUUUUAGAUUUCUGGAUUUCAAAUUCUGGGAUUUCUAAGUCAUUAAACAGAAUAAUGAGUUAACCCUUUAACAGCUGAG